AUGGCCGACGUCAUGCGCCGCUCGCGCCCCGUCGACGCGGCGCCCCCAGUCGCCCGCGCGCGCGAGGCCAUCUACGAGGCCGUCGUCUGCGACACCUGCGGCUCCGGCGAGCGCGGCGACGAGCUGCUGCUCUGCGACCGCUGCGACCGCGGCCGCCACACCUUCUGCCUUCGCCCGAUCGCCGCCAAGGUCCCCAUCGGCCCAUGGUUCUGCUCCGACUGUGCCCCGCCCGUCAAGCGCUUCAAAAGCUUUCCAAUGGAGCAGGCCAAGAUCAUCGAUUUCUUUCGGAUUCAGAACGAUGACCAGGAUGGCGAGCCCGCGAAAUGUAGGCUCUCCCAAGAUGUUAGAAGGAGAAGGAAGAGUUCACUCGUUAUGCACAAGAAGAGGAGGAGGCUACUGCCAUUUGUCCCAACUGAAGAUAGAGCUACAAGACUCAAACAAAUGGCUUCUCUGGCCACUGCUCUGGCAUCUUCAAAUGCAGAGUUCAGUAACGAGUUGACAUACGUGACUCACAUGGCUCCUAGAUCUUCCAAUCUGGCGAGAUUUGAGGAAGGUGGUAUCCAGGUUCUUCACAAAGAGGAUAAACAAACCAUGGAGCUGUGCAGAACCAUGCAACAAAGAGGCCAAUGCCCUCCACUUCUUGUGGUUUUUGAUUCCCGUGAAGGUUUCACUGUGCAGGCUGAUGCCAAUAUUAAGGAUAUGACCUUCAUAGCUGAAUUUGCUGGGGAUGUUGAUUAUUUGGAGAACAGAGAAAACGAUGAUUGUGACUGUCUUAUGACACUCCUUUUGACAGCAGAUCCUUCACAGAGGCUGGUCAUUUCCCCUGACAAACGUGGAAACAUUUCUCGCUUUAUGAGCGGCAUCAAUAACCACACACCGGAUGGAAAGAAGAAGCAAAAUGUCAAAUGUGUGCGGUACGACAUUGAUGGGGAGAGCCAUGUAUUGUUGGUGGCCUGCCGUGAUAUAGCUUGUGGUGAAAAGCUAUAUUGCGACUAUAAUGGACAAGAGAAUGCAUAUCCCACUCAUCAUUUCCUCUAA